AUGAUUGCGCCCACACCGCCGACGCCGCCAAUGCAGUGGCCACCAGGUCAAGGAGGCUACUACAGUAACCCUUACACGCUGAUGCCACAGUACUACCCCUACGCAGCUCCAACUAUCCCGACUCAAGCUUCGUCAAUGUCGGCGAUGGCGUCGAUGCCGCGAUUAAGCCCCAUGGGCCAACAGGCACUGCUGCUGCAACAACCGCUGCCGUAUCAAAGCCAUCACUACGGCCAGGUAAAAAUUACCCCGCAACAAAUGCACUCUUACGGACUGCCUCUGAACAUGCAACUGCCAGGAUACUCUCAACAAUCUUAUGGUUCCCAACCAUAUGCUACUCAGCAGCAUCAGCAUCAACACCAGCAGCAGCAGUAUGCUACAAGCAAUCCGUCCAUGCCCCAGGGGAAAGUACUGCCGCCGCCUCAGGCGCAGACUCAAUUGCAGCAACCGUUUCAAGCACAACCACAGCAGUACGGGGCUACCCAGCAGCUGCUGGCCCAGAGCUAUUCGAUGCCGCCGCCGCAACAACUGCUGCUGACCCAAAGCUACGCGAUGCCGCCUCCGGUGGCGUAUUUCCCACCUCAUCCGUAUUAUUACGGACAAGUGGUGCAAUCGACGCCGCCUCAACCAACGCCCUACCUCACCCCACUGGACCUGAGAGUGGUGCUGCUGCCUCAAUUCCCCCUGUAUCCGUCUCCUCUGGGACACAAGUCUCGCGAGGGGGACAAACCAUAG